UUCACCGUAAUUAAUCUGAACGCCCUUUGUCUCAAAGUGAAAGUAUCAGUUAUAUCCACUAUUCAAUCGUCUCCUUUAGGUUUGUGACAGACACGGUUAAACUGCUGUCUUGCUUGAUUUGAUGAUGAUUUUUAAUGUCUUCUCUCAAUCUCUGUUCUGAACACAGUUUCUGACAACAGCUUUUGAUCCUCAUUAGCCUCUGUUUUUUUUAUUUGUGCUUUUGCUAUGUGUUUUAGCGUUGCCUCCUUUCUAGUGAAAUUGCUGAUAGGGUCUGUGGGUAGGGUUUUUGAUAGGGUUUCUUUGAUUGAGUGCCAUGUUGCAAUCCCUUUCUGCCCAAAAGGGACGCCUUGUUAUUUUCAGCCUGCUGCUGCAUAGGACCAGCAUAUCCACUUCCACCCGUUCUGCUUAUCCCAUCGUUUCAUUUUUCGGGUCAUCUGUUUUCAGGAGUGGUGGAAUUGCUCAUCUGCUCAACAGCUUUAGGAGUUCGAUUCAAGCUACUGUGAGAUUUGGCACGCUUUCUGUCUCUGAGGAUGAUUUAUCUCGACUUCAUUCCAAGGCUCCAGAAAAGGCUAACAUUGUCUACCAAAAACCUGUUGAUUUCACCAAAAUUGACAUCAAUCUGCUUCCCACUGUCAUGAUUGUUGGUCGCCCCAAUGUAGGGAAAUCUGCCUUGUUUAACCGAUUGAUAAGGAGGAGAGAGGCUCUUGUGUACAACACACCUGAUGAUCAUGUCACUAGAGACAUAAGGGAAGGGAUUGCUAAAUUGGGGGAUCUGCGGUUUAGAGUAUUGGAUUCUGCUGGCUUGGAAACUGAAGCAUCAUCGGAAUCUAUUCUUAGUAGAACGGCUGUCAUGACUGCAAAUGUGCUUGCUAGAACUCAAUUUGCAAUUUUUCUAAUUGAUGUCAGAACUGGGCUGCAUCCAUUGGAUCAGGAGGUUGGAAAGUGGUUGCGCAAGCAGGCUCCGGGAAUCAAUCCUAUAGUAGCCAUGAAUAAAUCUGAAUCACUUCAUUCCAAUACAAACACUUUUGCUGAAGCUGCUAUAGAGGCCCAGAUAUUAGGAUUUGGGGAACCAAUUGCUAUAUCUGCUGAGACUGGGCUUGGUAUGACAGCACUUUAUGAAGCUCUACGGCCAAGGCUUGAGGAUUAUAUAGUCAAAGUUUUAGAUGGCAACUGUAGCCAAGAUGAAAACUUCAACCAGAAUAGUGACUCUUGUAAGGUUGAUGAGUCUAAGCUGCCACUACAAUUAGCUAUUGUUGGACGACCCAAUGUGGGGAAGUCUACAUUACUAAAUACAUUGUUGCAAGAAGAUCGUGUUUUGGUUGGUCCUGAAGCUGGUUUGACUAGAGAUUCGGUGAGAGCACAGUUUCAAUAUCAAGGAAGAACUGUAUAUCUGGUUGAUACUGCUGGUUGGCUGCAAAGAGUUGAUCGGCAGAAAGGACCUGCUUCAUUGAGCAUUAUGCAAUCAAGGAAAAAUCUGAUGAGAGCUCACGUAGUUGCUUUGGUUAUUGAUGCUGAAGAGAUUGCAAAAGCUAAGCGAAGCAUGACACAUGCAGAAGUAGUUAUAGCAAGACAAGCAGUGGAAGAAGGUCGUGGUCUGGUCAUAAUUGUGAACAAGAUGGAUCUUCUAAAGGGGAAAAGAAAUUCCACGUUAUAUAAAAAAGUCAAGGAAGCUGUUCCUCAAGAAAUUCAGAUGGUUAUACCCCAGGUAACUGGGAUACCAGUUGUAUUCAUCUCUGCAAUAGAGGGAAGAGGGCGUGCAGCUGUUAUGUCUCAAGUCAUUGAUACAUACGAGAAGUGGUGUUUAAGGUUGUCCACUGCACGUCUUAACCGAUGGUUGCGAAAGGUUAUGAGCAGGCAUUCUUGGAAAGACCAGGGUGCUCAAACCAAGAUCAAGUACUUCACUCAGGUGAAAGCCAGGCCUCCCACUUUUGUCGCCUUCAUGAGUGGGAAGACCCAGCUCUCCGAUACAUACAUAAGGUUUCUAACAAAAUCUUUGAAGGAAGAUUUUGACUUGGGGGGAAUUCCCAUCCGGAUCAUGCAGCGAUAUGUUCCUAGAAUAGCCGGAGGGAGCAGCAGUAAGAACAGCCAAUCUAAUGGCACCAGAGCUGUUGAACGGACCCUAUCCGACAAGAGAAGUGUCCUUGUUUAGGUAUUGCGAUUUUAACUUGAACAGAGGCGCCUGUAUUUGCUAUUUAUUCAUUGUUUUUGGCUUAAAAUUCUUUAGAUCAUUCUUUUGGGACGACUCUACCCAUGGAUAUAACCAUUUCAUGCAUUGUAUGACAAAUAUUUUGUAUGUGUGGUCUUAGAUUAGAAUUA